CACCCUGAUAGCGAUAAGCCUGGUCAGCCCACCACCACCACCCCGCACCAGGGCUCAAAUACAGGGACAUAAGCGCACAUUCUCCCCUCAGUCGGCUCACACCACAGCCAUGGGUCCUCUGCGCUGCGCUCUGGCCGUCUGUCUCCUCUUACUGAAGGGGAGCGAGGCGGUGAGCUACUACGAGUACUAUGCUCCGGGGGGCGCCGUGACCUCCGGGCUGGUGGCGGAGGGCGACACCUUCACCCUCAACGACAAGCCCAUCCUCCUAAUGUCCGGGGCCUUCCACUACUUCCGCGUCCACCCGGCCUACUGGCGCGACACCCUCAAGAAGCUCAGGGCGGCGGGGCUGAAUGCUGUGGAAACGUACACGUCUUGGAACCUGCAUGAGCCGCGUCAGGGUGAGUUCGACUUCGGGGAGCUUGGGGAGAUGAUGUCGCCCUUCCUGGACAUCCGCUCCUUCCUGCAGAUGGCCCAGGAGGAGGACCUGUUCGUCAUUCUGAGGCCCGGCCCGUACAUCUGCUCUGAGUGGGAGUUCGGUGGGAUGCCGAGCUACCUCUUACGGGACCCCACGAUGCAGGUGAGGCAGUCCUACGAGAACUUCCAGCUGGCCGCCGCCCGCUACUUCGACACCCUCCUGCCCCUCGUUGCCGACCUGCAGUUCACGCGCGGUGGGCCCAUCAUCGCCGUGCAGGUGGAGAACGAGUACGGUCACUUCGGCUACGGUGACGAGCCGCGGGACACUGAGUACCUCGAGUUCCUCCAAGACAACAUGGUCGCCAAUGGGUUCGGCGAGUCGCUCUUCUUCACCUCCGACUCACCGGCCCAAACCGCGGACCUCGGCUCUAUCCCCGGAGUGCUGAUGACCGCCAACUUCAAGGGCAAUGUGGCUGAGAACCUUGACGCCCUGAAGCAGCUGCAGCCCAACCGCCCCCUCUGGACGAUGGAGUUCUGGACGGGCUGGUUCGAUCACUGGCUCUCCGGCGUGCACGUUACUUGGUCCCCCGAGAACUUCGCCACGGCUCUCGAGACCAUCAUGAUGUACAACUCAUCCGUCAAUUUUUACAUGUUUAUCGGGGGCACCAGCUUCGGCUUCAUGUCUGGUGCGAACAUCAUCACCGGAUGGCCCCACUAUGCCCCACAGGUGUCCUCUUACGAUUACGAUGCGGUGCUGACGGAGGCCGGGGACUACACGGAGAAAUAUGACAUUGUAAAGGAGAUCUUCGCCCGCUACAACCCGCUAGAGGGCAUUGUGGAGCACCCCGAAGCCCCCCCGCAGCGGACCAAGACGGCCUACCCCUCCGUCGCCAUCACCGAGGCCAUAGACUUCCCCACCCUCAUCGCCCAGCACGAGAGUUAUGAGACCUUCGACGGGCCGCAGAACAUGGAGGAGCUGCCCAUCAACAACCUGAACGGCCAGUCAUACGGGUACAUUUACUACUCCACCAACGCCUUCCUCGCCGCCCCCAACGCCACGCUUCUGAUCCGCGGCCACGUCAGGGACAUGGCGCAGGUCUUGGUGGACGGGGAGGUCAUCACGGAGCCCUACGGAGGAGUCGCGGAUGUCAACGGCUUCGGCUUCUGGAACGGCCUAGACAAGGAACUAACACUGCCGGGCAAGGACGCGGUCGCCGAGCUCUCAAUCCUCGUGGAGAACUUGGGUCGGGUCAACUUUGGAAAGCCCGACCAGUUCAACGAGAAGAAGGGGCUGUGGGAGGGCCCGGUGCUGGUGGACGGCCUGCAGCUGGACGAGUGGAGGAUGACCCCGCUCGAGUUCAAGACCAGCCAGAUCAAUAGCCUAACCGGAUGGACCCCCUUUGCCGGAUCCUUCGCCUCCCCUGGGCUGUACCGCGGCGAGUUCGAGGUGACCGGGGAGCCGCAGGACACUUGGCUGGACAUGAGGACCUGGGGCAAGGGUGUGGCGUUCAUCAAUGGGUUCAACUUGGGUCGCUUCUGGCAUCCCGGCCCCACCAAGACCCUGUACCUGCCCGCUCCUCUUCUAGUUGAGGGGACAAAUGAGCUGAUAGUGUUCGAGCAGUAUACGGCGCCCUCCGAGAUCGUGUUCAGUGAUGUACCGAUCCUGCAUUGAUGACGAGGAGGCUUCUCUCUCACCCCAAGACAAGAAUGAGAGGGCUGCUUUACCCCCCCCUCCGUGACUCCUACUGAAUCAUGCACGUUGGGAAGGAUAAAUUACUAGCAGAA